UACACUCCGUGCACUUCCUUCCAGCAAUAUAAUGCCGGGAUUUAUACUAGCAACGUCUCGAAAAAGUGGGAGGAGCGGUAUAGACUGCAGACCAUCGAAUGGCCCGCUUAUAGUCCUAAUCAGUCGUUCACUAAGCAUGUGUGGAAUCAUAUGAAGGCGUAUAUCUACGGAAAACACGCCAAUCUACACGAAUUACAGAACGAAGAACUUGACAAGGGGACAAUGAAGACCCUGGACCCGGAGUCGUGUUGGGCAAUCCCGCAGGCCCUUAUUGACCGACUAUUGAUUUGGUGCCAGACCUUUUGGGGUGAUUUUAAUACCAAUGCAGCCCCCUGUACUCGGGAUCCAACGAUAUCAAACUAUAAUUAG